AUGAGAUAUCAUGCCAAUGUAAAGAAAAGAUGGUGCAAUGGCAUCUGCCAGGUGGUAACCGGAGUAAAACGUAAACAAAAAGGCUCAGGGUAUUGUGCAAAAAGAGAUCAGAUGACAAAAACGCCAUAA